AAGCCAGAGAGUGGGGCUCUUCUCUUCCGUGUUUGAAGAGAUGUCUGGUUGGGGUGACGAAUGUUGGAAGGACGACGACAAAGUCCGGGUGAUCAAUGGGGAGGACGUGACCCCGUGGCGGACCUUCGACGAAUGUUGUGGAGCUUGGAAAUUCCCUGCGGGGCUCAUGCAGUUUCUCAAAGAUGCAGGAUUUAAGGCACCUACACCGAUCCAAGCCUAUACCUGGCCGGUGCUGAUGGCCGGCAAGGAUGUGAUUGGUGUGGCCAAGACGGGCAGUGGAAAGACGCUCGGCUACCUCCUUCCAGGCUACAUCAAAGUGAAGCGCGCAGAAGGAAAUGGCCUCCGAUGUGACAGAGGUCCUGCCAUGUUGGUGAUGGCACCCACAAGAGAGCUUUGCCAGCAGAUCUAUGAGGAGAGUGAUCGGUUUGGCAAGCCAGCUCAGAUCGCCACUGCCUGCGUGUAUGGUGGUGCGCCAAAGAACCAACAGCAGAGACAGCUGCGCAACGGCCCCCAGUGCGUGGCAGCGACCCCCGGGCGGCUCAACGACUUCUUGCGGGACCGGACCAUCGACUUGCAGCUUUGCGACUACCUGGUACUAGAUGAGGCUGAUCGAAUGCUUGACAUGGGCUUCGAGCCGCAAAUCAAAGAGCUGGCAGCCUUCUUACCUCAGGUGCGUCAGACGGCCCUUUACACUGCGACAUGGCCCAGAGAAGUCAAGCAAAUUGCCAUGCAGCUCACCAAGGACCCCACUCACAUCCAGGUGGGCAGCGAAGACAACGCCAGCGCCAAUGCCGAUAUCAGUCAGCACAUCAUCAAAGUUCGGAACGAGCAAGACAAGAUGGGCUUCCUGGAGCGCCAAAUCUUCCCAGAUUUGCAGAGGAGCGGUGGUGCCGCCUUGAUCUUUGUGAAGACGAAGAAGGCUGCUGCAGGACUGUACCACACGCUGUCUCGGGCGGGUGCACCCAUUGUUUGUCUACAUGGCGACAUGGACCAGAGCCAGCGAGAUCAUGCGCUUUAUGCCUUCAAACACGGAAAAGCCAAGGUGCUAGUGGCUACUGACGUGGCCCAGAGGGGUUUGGACAUUAAGAACGUCCAGUUCGUGGUGAAUUAUGAUGCACCCGCGAACAUGGAGGACUACGUCCACCGAAUUGGCCGUACAGGCCGCGCCGGUGAGAAAGGUGAUGCUUACACUUGCUUGUACGAGAGUGAGACGCAGAUCGCAAAUGGAAUCAUGAAAAUGUUUAUCAAAGCCGGGCAGGAAGUGCCGACAGAGCUGCGGGAUUUGGCCCGGGGUAGCAUCGGCCAGUCCUGGGGCGUCGGAGGAGGCGGUGGCGGAGGUGGAGGUUAUGGCAACCUCGAUGGACAGUGGGGCGGCAAAUACGCUCAAGGAAAUACCGGGUACGACUCCUAUGGAGGCGGCGAUGGCACUUACAGCGGGGGUUACGUCCGAUGACCCCGAGGAGCGGCGAGGAAAGCACCUCGUCUUAGAUCUGCUGGUCUUUGCUCACGAGCAAUCUUUUCCUGAGGGCCAAAAGUUGUCCGGGGUCAGGGCGCAGGCUGCGCUGGCUCGAGUCUAGUUGCUGUCAGCGUGACUUCGCUUGCCCUUUCUCCCGGC